UCGGUGUGCUGUCACCGUGCGACUUCGAAACAAAGUGACAUUUGGUCUAGCAACCUUGCCCAACACCAGUCGUCGUUCAUGCAAAAUCAACCAGCAGCAAGGAAAAAAACUACACACACACAAGCAACAAGAGAAACUCCUCCGCACGCAAAAAACGCAUCAUUUGCACGCGGGGAGGUGAAAUAACAGCCUAAUAGCCCCCGCACACAGUUGGUGUUGGUCCAGCGGUCACUUAUUACAACCGCGUGUGCUGCCGAUUGCAUUUUUGGUCUGCUGGCGCAGAAUAAAACAUUGAACCUAGAAGGUGUUCUCGCGUGUACCCCUGUGUGCGUGUGUGAGUGUGGACAGAAAAAGUGUUUUGAUGUGUUUUUGUUUUCGCUACACUAUUCAUCCGCGAGCAGCAGCAGCAGCAGCAGCAGCUCCUGCAUACGGCAAGAGUACGUGGAACAUCCGUGCAAGGCGAACGCUUGCCAAGAGUAGCCAGUAGCAACAACAGCAACAGCAGCAACAGCACCUUUCGACCGUCUCCUCCUGCUGAUAGCAAUCGGGGCAGGCGCGAAUACACGCAACAGCAGCAACAGCAGCAACAGCAACACAACGACACACCACGUAAUCCGAGGCCAGUGACAAUGUUGCGCCUGUUGCACUAAGAAAGGAACGAACAGUGUUGUGUGUGUGUGUCUGUGUGUCCAUCUUCUCGUCUAACGACCAACGUCACUCUGUCCCGUGCUUUUGGUAGUAGAACCUACGUACCUACGUACCUACGUACAUGUGCGCGCGUUUUGUAUGUGUGUCCUCUGUGUUCUGUAUGUGGUGUAGUGUAUUGGGGUAGAGCAACAGCAGCGGGGUGGCGGGAAAAACAACACGCACAUGAAGGCCCAACAAACUACUAGCAGCCGCCCCACGGUGUAGCCCGCCACACAUACCACACCACGCACACAUGUGCUGCUGCCUCCGUACGAGAGGGGCGAGAUAAGCGUGCCGGCCGUUUGCAUCAUUUCUGUCCAGGUUUUACUGUUUUGUGUUGUUAAAACCGAAUCGCCACAAUCACUACAAGAGCGGCACUAUCUCCCCGCAUUUGCGAAGAAAGCAACACGAGGGGCAAAACCGUUCGACACCGAGGGGGGACCAUUCGACAGUGGACCUGUGUCCGUAACGGAAAGGAACAAAAAAAGAAGAAAAACAAUAGCUCGAUGGUGCCGCGGCGCCGCAUUUGCCACGAUUCUCACCGUGCCGUCUGUAGUGUGUAGUGAGGAGUAGAGAGGAAAAGUACGGAAGAAGUGUCUGAUAGUGUGGGUGUGUGCGUGUGCGUUCCUGGUUCCUGUAGAAUCCCGGUAGUACGGACGAUAGUAGUAGCCGUAGUGGUAAAACGGGGAGGCGGCCACAGAGACAAAGCUUAUUGUGACUUGUGUUUUCGGGAAGGACAGUCAGCCUGCCCGCCUGUCGCCUGUGAAGGACAACGUUACUGCACGGCGGCCCAGCACCCAGAGGCGCCUAUUAUUCCACAAAAGGACGAGACCGAGAAGGGGAGGGAGAGGGAACAAACGCUGUGCCAAGCUUCAAAGGACUGUAUUGUGUGGACGCCUGCGAGCAAUAAUAAGGCGGAAGGACGCGGCAGAAUACAAAAGGAAGAUUCGCUCUCUUAUCUCUCUCUAACUGCCUCUCUCACUCUCUCUCUCUCUCUCACACACACUCCCAAGGGGGAGGGCGCUACACCAUGCCACUGUUUGGGAAGAAAGAUUCGGGCAAAAAGAUACGCAAGGACGUGAAGGAUGGGUGCGACAAGCUGCCGAGCAUCGACGACAAGUACGUCAUCAAGGAGCUGCUCGGGACGGGCGCGUUCUCCGAGGUGCGGCUGUGCGAGCACCGGGAGACGGCCCAGCAGUACGCGGUCAAGAUCAUCGACAAGAAGGCGCUGAAGGGGAAGGAGGACUCGCUCGAGAACGAAAUCCGCGUGCUGAAGCGGUUCAGUGCGCGGCGCAGCGACGGCAGCGGGGUGCAGACGGCGGCACCGCCAAUCGGGGGGCCGCGCUUCGCCCAUCCCAACAUCGUGCAGCUGCUGGAAACGUUCGAGGACAAGUCGAAGGUGUACUUGAUCAUGGAGCUGGUGACCGGGGGCGAACUGUUCGACCGGAUCGUCGAGAAGGGCUCGUACACCGAGCGGGACGCGUCGAACCUGAUCCGGCAGGUGCUGGAAGCGGUCGACUACAUGCACGAGCAGGGCGUCGUGCACCGGGACCUGAAGCCGGAGAAUCUGCUCUACUACAGUGCGGCCGAGGACAGCAAAAUCAUGAUCAGCGACUUCGGCCUGUCCAAGAUGGAGGAUUCGGGCUUCAUGGCGACGGCGUGCGGUACGCCCGGGUACGUCGCGCCCGAGGUGCUCGCCCAGAAACCGUACGGCAAGGCGGUGGACGUGUGGAGCAUAGGCGUCAUCUCGUACAUACUGCUGUGCGGCUACCCGCCGUUCUACGACGAGAACGAUGCGAACCUGUUCGCGCAGAUACUGAAGGGCGAGUUCGAGUUCGACUCGCCGUACUGGGACGAGAUUAGCGACUCGGCGAAAGACUUCAUACGCAACCUGAUGUGCGUGAACGUGGAGCGGCGGUUCACGUGCAAGCAGGCGCUAGCGCACCCGUGGAUCUCGGGCAACGCGGCCAGCAGCAAGAACAUCCACGGUACCGUGUCCGAGCAGCUGAAGAAGAACUUUGCCAAGUCGCGCUGGAAGCAGGCGUACCACGCGGCCACCGUCAUCCGGCAGAUGCAGCGGAUGGCGCUGAGCAGCGGCGGCAGCGGCACCGCGUACGGCCGCAGCUCCUCCCGGAUAAGCAAUGUGGCGGCGGAUGGCACCUCGUCGGCGGCUGGUGGUGGUGGUGGUGCUGGCAACGAGACGAGUGGGGAUGGACAAGCGGACACUGCUACUACUGCUGCGUCGGGCAGUAAGUAAUAACUAGUUGGUUGGUUGGUCGUGUCAAAAAACAAACACAAACUCUACUUAGCUUAAAUGGAAACACGACAAAAAAACACACACGGUAGGAGAGGAGCGCACCUAGUAGUUUAUAGGGAAAGGGCAAGAGAGGAGGGAACGUAUGUGUGUGUGUGUGUGUCCGUGUGUGAUGGCAGGCCUCUGUCCGCAGAUAUAUCUGUUUGUUUCCGUUUCUGUUUGUAGUAGUAGCUGUACUUGAUACUCUUUUUAUGUUUGUUGUACGAUGUUGUUAAAGUUCUCGUUUGUUCUCGUUCUAGCAGUGAAGCGUUUAUACCUCUUUGUUUAUAAUGAUAAUUGUUUCCAUUUUCUUUAAUUUUAUUUUGAAACCCAAUAACCAAUGUUUCUCGGACGAUAUCUCUUACGCUACUAUUGUACUGGACGGUGCGAACUGAAAAAUGAUACUUAAGACACAAGGCAGUGUAGGCAAGCUUAAACCACAGGCCAGGGAAAAGGUAUAACAAUGUUUAAACAGUCUGCAAUCUGCAAACACUGCAAAAGCUCAACGGAGAUAUUUCUCAUAACGGCUACGGCCAAUUCCACCGACCGAUUAAAGGGACACACUGGUACUGGUUUGGUACAACCAAAACAUUCACCCGCCCCCGAAGAACAUCCUACCGACGUUAACUGUAGACCACGAACCUAACGGGCAAUGCGCAAUGCGCGCGAGCUUUACCGAACAUCACGUAACAGUUGCUCAAGUGAUGAAGGUGAAUAUUAGCAGUGUAUGUUUGCGCGAUAUGUUUUGUUAAGAUUUUAACACAAACUAUUUUUUUUUUGUUUCAAACUUUACCACAUCACAGUGAUAGCUAAUUAAUGUCGAUUUCAUAAUCGUUAACCGCAGGAGCAGAAAAUGGAUGGUUUAAAAAUUGCCAAAUACGGCAACGCGUUCGUUCUGUACGAUGUGUUCAACCGAUAGGGGAUCGUUUUAGAAUGUCUUAAGUGCAAUGAUAUUAACAAUUUUAAAGCCACUGUCGCUUAGGUACUUAUACUUAAACAUGCACACCGGCGGGCAUCGUAUUCUUAUUGGAAAGUGAACAGCUUGUUGCGUGUGUUUAACGGAAACAUUUAAACCAUAAUUCAAACUAGACCCACAAGCCGCUGUUGCGCGUUGUACUUCUCUUAUUCCAACAAUACUUAAACAUUCUUCUUUGUUUGCUUGUAAUGCAUUUUUUUGGGGGGCAUUUGUUCACAAUUUAUUUAGUGAUUCGUUUCAGUACGCGUUUGCUAACACCUGUUUAUUGGAAUUCAAAUCUGUGCGGAAAAGCGAGCGAUAUGAGCUUAAUCUAAUAGACGAUGGGCGAGGAAAGAUACACGUACAUGCUUUUUAUAAACUCGUGUUGGAAGACCGUUUUUGCCCUGUUUGUGACAUCGAAUCCAUUCCUUCUAAUAAUAAGUGCAGCCGUUUGUGCGACCCAUUAACGGUAACGUGCAAAAUGGGUUAAGCGUUGCUGUGUUAGCGUGUCCAGAUAUGAAGACGAUCGAAUCUCUGCCUGUUCAAAAAAAAAAAAAAAAUGUGUGUAAUGUUGUGUUAGAAACCGUCCCCUAGCGCCAAGGCGCUAACUGGUUGCAAUUACCGUAUAAUUUACAGCUUAAUUUGUUGUGUUUUCCGUCUUGCAGCUUUUUGUUGUUUAGCAAAUAUUUCUUUUUCACAAUGUGUGUACCUCACCAGUGGCUGGCGAACUUCGGGGUGACUUUUGGGGUCGCAAUUUGAUAGCGUUGAAUGUUGUUGCGUUGUUUGAAACAAGAUUGCAGCGAGCUAAAGCACGCUGAAAACCGUGCCGAAUAGCUGUGCGAAAACACGAUCAACGAUUGCAUAAAAUGACAAGCCUCUUUUAAAAUAGUCUAGGUUAAAGUAAAGCAAACAAACAACACUUAUCAAUCAAACAACCAACCAGCAGCACCAGCAGUGACCGAGACUUGUUUGGGGCGUACAGAGAGCAAAAGCAAGAUAUUAACCAAUUAGAACACACACGGGUGUUUUAAUCAUUCCCUGGCUCUCGCUCUCGUGUUGUUAUAGUUUUUUUAGACAUUUGUUCGUCUAAACGAUAUUUUGAAUCUCUCCAAACAACCAACUCUCCCUAACGUGUAAAGUGUGAUCUUUGCUGGACGGGACAAACGAUCGAGGCGGCGUCCCAAUAAACCACUUAACGAACGAAUCCAUAUCAUGCACAUGACGAUAAACGCGAUGAAAUCUCUCUCCCCUUCCCGUACCUUGAUCCACCUUUUUUACACCGAUUCAGUUUGUGAUCUUAAGUACUUUUUUGCGUUAGUUUUUAUUCUGUUGAUAAGCAAACACGCAUACUUUCCAUCAACAACAACGAUCUGAUCGGCUAGCCUCUACCCUUAGUGGCUGAGGUGCAAUAUAGCGCAGGUUAGCUGGCAUUAGGAGGUGAAAGCAAAGGGAUUUUUUGAAGCUCCCAAUAAUGUGUGGCCCGAUUAUGGGUCACGUUUGCGCUAGUUUGCGUUAGUUUAUUUUCUUAUUUCUUCUUGUUGUUAUGAAUGAAUGAAUCGCAAUAGUUCUCGCGCACACGCUCCAAAACACGGUAUGGUGUGCUUCUCCUAGUAGUUGUUAAAAGCGUAAUGUACGAAGAAUAAACAAACACAAACAAACGUUGUAAGGCUUAACCCGGCUUAGACCUUAAGUUAAACCGUCGGUCUAGAGUUGUUUGAGAACAUUUGCGCGCGUGAUAAACCACCAACCCUGGGAAAAUCCCCAUGGGAAAGGAAAAGAUGAGGUAGCAGCAGGAAAAUGUUUGGUAAACCGACAAAAUCGACAUCAAAAAAGGCGCAUCAUUGUUUAGCAUUUGCAAAAAAAAAAGAAGAAAAAAAAACCGUAGCAUCGCGUUACCGGCCUGUUUGCAAAUAUUUUAAGUGUACGGGGUGGCGCAACACACGUACAAAAUCGUUGCCGUACCAAUGUUUGUGCAGUUGACGCCGGACCGAGGAAGAAUGUUAAUGCUGUGCACAUACGGUGAACCAUUAUCCAUAGGGCUUAACGCAGAGAAGCGCAAUAACAUGCUUUUCAGUACAUAGAAUACGACAGCAGCAAAAGAACAGGGAUGGAGAAAACAAAAAACCUGUCGAUAAAACAAAAUUAAAAUUAUCGCACUAAAGUAGAUGGGUAUCAGUUUUGAUUGGAUUGAUUUGAUGUCGGACAAAACAAAUCACUAGAAUAGACAAAAAAGCAUUAGCAAAAGCAACAAACAAACACACAAAGCACACAACAAUACUAACGAGAUUGUACUAAGAGAAGCAGCUGUAAAGCGAGACAGAUCGCAUUCGGAUUAAUUUAAAGCAAUUUGAAUCUGAUUUGUACCAGCAACUUUUAACGCUUGAAGGCGAACGUGUAUUGUAAAGUGUGCAUGUGUGCAUGUGUAUGUGUGUGCGUGUAUGUGUAAUGUUAUGAAGAAUUCCUUUGUACAGUGCGUGUUAGCUCCUGGGUAUGUGUGUGUGUGUGAGGUGAAAACAAACAAAUAAAAAAAAACAAGAAAAAAUCAUUACAUACAACAAAAGAAAAGAAAAGAAAAAAAAAUAUUUAAAAACAAAACGAAAGACUUAAAAAGGCGUAAAACGAGCGUAGGGCAGAGAAUAUAGAGCUUUUUUAUAUACAAUUUUAUGUUCCAUUUCCCCUUCCCCCCAUUGUAGUGCGCGAUGGCGCAAAGAAAUGUAAAGUGAAAGUAAAAAUCAAAGGGAACGCUACUACUACCACUACUACUACUACUACUGCUACUACUGCUACUACUAACAUUCCAAUUCCAACGAUUACUAUAAAAAAGGCAACAAAGACUUUAAGGACACAUGCAAACAUAGAUAGUAACUGUCCACUCUCAGUCUCUCUAGUCAUUGUUUGUUUUUUUGUUUAUCGUUUUCCUGUGUAUUUCUCUGUUCUGCAUUCCAUUCAUAUCAAGCCAAGCGCUAGCUCUGUUCGGAACCAUAAUGUAAUAGGGAUAUUUCCAAACGAGCGAAUGUUAAUCUCUGUCGUACUCUCCACAUAUAUCCUGUUUCCGUGUGCGCUUUGGCACACGAGUGCAAUUUAGUGCAAUCAUCCGGGCCCGCGGCCAGCGGAGCAUUCAGUUCCUAGAGGCGGCAUACAUAAAACAUGCUGACUUUAGUUUAGUGUACACGACCCGCCACUGUCUCGCUCUCUCUCUCUCUCUCUCUCUCUCUCUCUCUCUCUCUCUCUCUCUCUCUCUCUGUCUCUCUCUUUUAUGCGCAACUGUACCGCGUAAGCGACCACGUGGAGCUAACCCUCUUUACCGCAUGCUCCCGCCGCCACACUUUCCCACGUGCAAACGCCGACUUUUCUCUGUGAUCAUCACUGCUGUCAGCCCUUUUGCUCGAUGUGUGGGUUUAAAAUUGGCUGAUAACAGAUUAAACAAAAAAAAAACAAAUAAACAAACGAAUCUGAACAUACUUCUCUGUAAAUGGGCAAAAGCAAAGCAACAAACACAUACAAAACACAAACACAAACGGUACAAAAUUGAACAAAAAUUGCAAAACGAAAAAAUAAAAAAAUAAAUCAACAAACAUGCAAAGUAAGCAAAUACAACAAAUAGCAAGUUGAUCGCUCUCUUUCUCUCUCUUUCUUUCAUCUCUCUGUUGAAAUCUCUAUCUCUCUCGAUGGUGUUCGCGGUCAGUUGCAAUCGCAGUAGCAAUGGGAAAUGUGUUUUUUAGAUUCGCGUCGCUAACUAGAUUUAGUACUUUUUUUUUUCUUUUGCGCUGCACACGCAUGUGGAGAACGGGCAAAACAAGCAAAUCAAGAAACAAACAAACAAACAAAUAAUUAAUUAAUAAUAAUCGAUCCGUCGUCUUAAAAACACACGUCAUCCAUCGUCCAAAAACAAAAAAAAAAACAAGAAAAUAAAAAUAGAGGAAAACAGGCGAUAGUAGUAGCAGUGUUGUUGUUGAGUUGUUUAAUCUUGGAUCAAUGUUGUAAAAUCAGAGAUAACAUUAUCAAUGCAAAAACAGUUUAAGAAAAGUUCUACAAGAAAUAAAACACACACACACAGACAGACAGUUGUAAAGACAAAACGACAAACAAAGAUAGAUUGAGAGAGAGAGAGAGAGAGAGAGAGAGAGAGAGAGAGAGAGAGAGAGAGAGAGAGAUAGAGAGAGAGAGAGAGAGAAGCACGGAGAAACUGUCGGUGGUUUUUAAGUUGAACAUGUUUUGAAUUUAAAAUAGUGAAAAUGCAACCAAGGCAAACGCAAAUGGCAAAACGUUGAUGUUUAAAGAAAAUAAAACCGGGGGUAGUAUGUGUACCUUUGAUUAUUACCUUAAAAAUAUACAUACAUAUUAUAUACAUAUAUAUAUACAUAUACAUAUACAUACAUAUACAUGUGCGAAUUACAUAUUUUUAAAAACCACACUCUUCCCUCACAGCAACACAGCAACACCAUCGUCGCACUGUGUGAGCGUGUGCGUUCUGUUUGUGUGUGUGAGUGUGUGGCCAUAGACAUAUAUUUGUAGCUUAAGCUGGCCGACCCGUUAGGUCUCCCAAACGCGCCCACGUGCAGCAGCUGCAGCUGCAACUGGCAGGGCGUGGACGGACGGGCAAGAACCGAUUUGUGUUUUUAUCUGGACACCUUUGUACUACCAAACCAGCUGGAUAGAUUGUUAGACUGUUGUUCCAAGUUGUGUUAGUUGGUGUUUAUUUGGCCCUUGUUUUUGUGUUUUGUUGUUAAACAGCUACAGCAACAGCGUGAAGAUAAAACAGCCCGCCCGUUGCAUGAGAGUAGCGUAACGAAACGAAAGUAGUAGCUGCGACUUAGACAGCAGAGGAGAGGUUAAAGUGUAGUAAAGGAGUAGCACGAACACGGAGAGAGUUGAUGUUGGGUGGGGGGGUUGAUCGUUGUUUUGGGAUGGGGCAAGCAAGUGAGUUAGGGUGAGAGGUUUUAGGAAAUUCAACUAAUACAAUAAUUUUAUUAUGUGGUCUAUGAAUGUGAUCUACUAUAUUUAAAAAAAAUGAGAAGAAAAAAAAACAGAGAAAAAGUAACAGCAAAACAAAACCUAGUACUAAACUUAAGUAGGUGUUUAGUGGUUAAGAGCAGCGAUUCAAACAGCGAUAGAGCGACAAACACAGAAGAAGAAAAAAACAACCGAGGAAGGUGAGAGAAAACAAAUAGAACGAAUAACAAAUCAGAAAUGUUGAUGGGAUGAAGAAAACAAAAAAAGGAUAUUAAAAAAGAAAGUUAAGUGGUAAGAACACACACACACACAGGAGGGUCAUGUUGAAGAAAGAGAUAAAAAGGCAUGCGAAAAAGAGAAUGGCCCCGUGUGAUGCAAAAAAGGGUUGCUGCGCGUUAAAGCACAACACCACACCAAAACAGACAAACAAUAUAUUCAUCACAGACAGUGCGGAGCGGGAUACCAUCAACAGCAACCUAACUACUACUAGUACUACUACUACUACUAUUACUAACACAACCACUACUACUACUACUUUGUCGUUUGUCGAGGGGAAAGAAGGGUUUUAUUGCAUUUCUUCACCCAACCCUGUAGCUAAAAACAAAAUCAGUUGGGAUAACGGAAGAAGUUGGUAAUAUGUUGAGUGUAGCAAAAAAGGGCGCGAUAUGCGCACAGAGACAAACGAGAGAAAACGCAAACGCAAGCAAAACAAUAGCAAAAGAAAAGAGAGAAAAAACACACAAAACUAUCACACUACGCGUAAACUACUAAAACAAAUGUGAAGCAAAAUGGAAACAAAGCAAAAAACAAACAAACAAACAAACAAACAUAUUAAAUAAUCUGGUUAUACGAGAAAGAGAGAGAGAAAGAGCGCGCGAUGAUGCAGCUUUGCUGAAUAGCAUUUAAUAAUCUCAAUAAAUUCGUUCAUUGUGUAACUGAAAGCAGCUAAA